CCACUGCCGGGCGUUAGGGACUGGGUCAGCCCGUUUCCCCCUCACAGCCCAGCAAACACGGGGCGUUCCAGCAGCCCCGGAGAACUACAUUGCCCGUCGGGCGCUGCGCUCCGCCCCUACCUUUCCCUCCUCCCUCCGUUAUCGCCUCUGAGCGCCGAGCUGAGGUCUGCGGGCUGCGGGCCGGGGAGGCGCUGCCGGCCGGGGCUGCACGCGGGUGGGCGGCGGUGGAGCGGCGCGCCCGGUCCCAGGAGCGGCGGAGCGGUGUCCCCGCUGCCCGUCGCCUUGUCCCGUGGCCGCGGUGCGGCUCAUGAGGUGAAGAUGGUGAUCCGCGUCUUCGUCGCCUCCUCCUCUGGCUCGGUGGCGAUAAAGAAGAGGCAACAAGAUGUGGUGAGGUUUCUGGAAGCCAAUCGCAUAGAGUUUGAAGAAGUGGAUAUCACAAUGUCAGAGGAGAAAAGACAGUGGAUGUAUAAAAAUAUUCCUGAGGACAGGCAGCCUGCGCAAGGCAAUCCAUUGCCACCACAGAUAUUCAGUGAUGAUCGGUACUGUGGAGAUUAUGAUGGCUUUUUUGAAUCAAAGGAGAGCAACACCGUCUUCUCCUUUCUUGGACUGAAACCUAGUUUGGCAUCGAAGGAAUCAUAAUCCUAGAAAACCUCUCUGAAGUAUCAACAACUGCAUCUUCUGGAUGAAUGACCCUGUUCUUUAGCACAUGACAGCUUCACUUAUGGAUCACUGUGAUAGAGCAAACAUGUAUCCUUAGUAGUAGUCUGCUUGCUAUAAGACGGUGCUCUCCCACCAAUGUGGAGUUAAUAAGAUGUUUGUGAAAUAGGAUUAAGGCUGGGCUACACAUCUUCCUUCUUAAAAAUACUCAUUGAUAGUAUCACAUUUGUCUUGAGAUUGCUUUUGCAGCUAGCACUGAUAUUCUAAUAGACACAUAGGUUUAAAGGUAAGAAGUGGAAGUGCAGGGCUUCUGUCAUGAAUAAAUUCAUACAGACAUGUUCCUUAUGUUUUUAAUUCUACCAACUACUGUUUUUGAAAUCACUUCAUCAGCACAGCUAAAAUGCUGGUGGUUAUUAGAAUGUUUGUGCUAACUACUAUCCAGAAACUACAAACUGUUGGUCUUAACAUCUUAAGAUCUCAGUUCAAGCCAAGAACUGCUGUAUUUUUAUUCUACAUUUAUUUAUUAUUAUGUUUAUGCUAGAUCAUUUUUAUUGUAAGAAACAUGAGUUGCUAACAUUUGUCAUGGAAACUUGAUUUUCCUCAUGAUACCGGUUCUUUAAAAGUAGUUGUUAUCAUGAAUGGGGUGCCAAAGUAAAAUAUUUUGACAUGGGAAAUGAAGGUGAAAUGCAUGUGCAAUCAUGUGGUGAAACUGUACUGGUUAGUUCAAAAGAAGAGGUCUCAUAGCAAAAGAUGACAUGUUAACUCUUCUCUGAGAAAGAUUUAACACCUAAAAUUGGAGCUAUAUUGUUGGACUGUCUAAAAAUGAAUUUUUGCCAAACUUUGAGUUGCCCUGUAAUCAAACACAGCUCCACCAUUAGUCACGUAAGGGUCAAAGAGAUACUUUCAGAGAGCACUCAGUCCCCUGUAUUGGUAAACACUCUGCCAUUGUCUGACAGCAUACCUAACUUGCACAGCUGUCGUCCUACUUAUGUCCCCACUAAUGGAAAUGUGGAAGUGCCUCAAAGACAGUGAGAAAGCUGAGCAUGUACUUUGCUGGACAAGGCCACGACAGUCAGCUCAAUGGAGGAACAGGAGCCAGGUGGAGAUUGUUUCAGUAGAACUGUACUGACAAACAUAGCAGAUGCAAGGCCUGUGACUUGCCAAUAACCAUCACAAAACAUGUUCUGGAAAGAAGUCAAAUUGCUUUCUGUGUUUUGAAUCAAGUCUGGCUGUUAAAAUAAGAGCUAUGUUGUAAGCUGUCUGAUUCUCAAGUGACUUCAUAAUGACUGGAUAGUGCUACUCAAAUACACAUCCUCAUAUCUUUGUAUAAAUGAAGGACAACCAAUCAUGUAGGAAAGCCUUUCUGCAACCACAAAAUCUCUGAAGCCCAACUUCUAAAAGGUGUCGGAAAUGAACCCUGUCUGUGUAACAAAUCUCACGCUGUAUUGAAGUCGAUAACAAUGCCAUCCUAUAUGAGUUAGUUGGAAAGGACAACUAGCAAUCAUCUUAUCCAGCUUUCUAUAAACCAGGACUAACACCAACACUAGCUCAGGUCAGAUAUGGGUUUGUUUAGCAGUGUUAAAAAGAUCCAGAGAUGGAGAUCUCAUAACCCUGUAUUUAUCCAGUGCUGAUGCUGCGGUAAUCUCCUAGCAUCCAGCCUGUGUUCCCAGGUAGUAACUUGCAGCUAUUCCUUUGCUUCCUUUUCCAGUUCUCACAGGAAGAGUUUGGCACUGCCUUUUUGUACCCCCAAGAUAGUUAUAGGAUACUAUUAGAUAACCUCUUAGUCUCCUUGCUAGACUAAACAAACACAGCUUUGUUAAUCUCUCCUCAUAGACUGUGCUUCAGGUCCCUGGCUGCUUUGGUUUGAUGGAGGGCUACUCUCUCCAGUUUCUUGAGCUAGAGAAAAAGUGGAUAAAGUGUUUUAGAAGUAGCACUCAUCAGUACCAAGUAGUGCACUGCUGGCUUAUGCCCAACCUGACUUUUACCAAAUCCUCCAGUCUCUUUCAGUGGAUGUAUUACUCAGUCAGAUGUUCCCAGCCUGUGCUGAUGCCUCACCACCAGAGACAGAACUUCACUUUUGUCCUUUUCAGAAUUCAGGAGGUUUCUGUUAGCCCAGUCUUCAUGGCUACUGAGAUCCCCCAGGACUUAAGCUCUGCCAGCUGUUAACAGCCUCUGAAGUUCUAUGUUGUUUGCAGUUUUACUGAGGGUAGACACUAGAUAUUUCUCCAAUAUCUCCCUGCCAAAGAUGCUGACUGAUAGAACUUUAGCCUCUCGGGUUUAGGACAAGAGCCUACUGAAGACUAUAGAGGUAUGACUUGAACAGUGUUCAUGACUACCAGUUUCUGAAGUAAAGAACAGGUUACCUUCCUUUUGGUGUUGUAUCAGCUACAAGCUGCUUAUGGCUUUGUGACUUUUCCCUUUAGCACAAAGGCAAGAAAGCUUUAUAAAAGGAGACGUUAAGCUUUAAAAUGAUAUCCAUCCAUUAACAUUUGGACCCUCUUUGGUCCCUCCUUGGACCCUUGGGUGCUUCCUCAGCUCAGCUAGAGGGGCUAGAUGGAACAAGAACACACAGAUUUUGUGUCCAUGGCUGUAUUUACUAGUCAAAGUCUUGGUUAGAGCUAGAGCACCUUCUCUAGAUGACCCCUUAAUGGGGAUUGAUAACAAAUGCAUGUGUAUGCAUUUGUGUAUACAAGUAUGUGUACAUGCAUUUUUAGGAUUUAUGUUGUGUGUAGUAAGUUAUUUCACUCUUGUCACCAAUCCCAUAUUUUCAUGAGACUUGAGCUUUACAAUAAGAAGGGAGUGUGACACGAGGUAGAGCUGUACGUUAGCAAGUUCUAUGUAAUAUAUAUAUUUUUUUAAGUUGAAGAUUCUUUAACUUUGAAAAAGAAUACAGAUAGAAAUUCAGAUAAUUACACAAAUUCAGUUAAUUACAGAGAAGCCAUCCUGGAUUUAUCAUGUACUUGAUAUAUUGUAAACUUAGAAAACUGCCUGAAGUCCCGCUCUUGAAAAGUUCACACAAGUGAGUAAAUCCACUUGAGUAAUCUUAGGGGAAAUCCCUGGCUGUCUGUUGCAACAGGCAAAAUCUCACUGAAUUCUCCAGGGAUGAAAUUAGUUUUACAGAAUUUCUCUUGAAUUUUGGUAAUUGUAGAAUAGAAAUCUCCAGCUAAAUGGAGAGCGAGUUCUGUUGCAGUCAAAAGGUGAAAGUAGCUUACUUCAGAGCAUUCCUGUGGGUAUCAUCAGUUGUAUGGAGGACAACGCUAGCUUCAAAGAUAUCCUGCUUGUUUGCAUGGAUUGGCAGUGUAAGUCCCUUAGAAUGUUUUCUUUUGGAUUACAAGUGGCUAGCUAAAAGCCAGGAAGUAUAUAUGUAGCUUGAAUGUGAUUUUUGCCUGUUGUGCAACAGCCUUAUUUUUGUAAUUAAAGUAAGUAGAGUUCUAGUUUGUUACACAAGAUGAUCUGGAAUUUUUUAAACCAGUUUUGUAAUAAUGAGAUGUAGCUGUCAGAUAAUGGAACAGUUCUGUGGAAAUGAGCCGUUUAUUGAAAGAAAUAGGAAAUUCCUAGUUUUGUUGAAAAUAUUUUGCAUACAAAGGUAUGAGAUGAUCCCAAUUUUUAGCUAAUAUUUGUAAUCACCCCCACUUUUUAAAGGAGAGAGUAGUGUGAGCUACACUUUAAGUCUUUGUACCUAGCUGAAGUUGUUGUGUGGGCUUAUGUGCACAUACACAUUCACUGUAUCAGUGGCUUUAUAGAGAUGUUUUUGCUUGAGCCACACACUGCUGGAUAGUGCCUUGCCAGAGAGGGGACUGUUACUGUCAGGUCUUCUCAGAUGUGCUCAGCUUUGAACUCACAAAGGGGUAGUUUCUAUUAUCACUAUUUUUUUAAUCAUUCAGUAUGUUGAUUUUGUGGCCUGAGUCAAGAGGCCACGUGCUUUGGCUGUUUAGAAUCAAACCUCCCAAGGAAGCGGGUGUGGAAUAAAGCCCCUAAAUCCAUCUCUAUGCUUUAAAAUAACUCUCUUAUGGAAGCAUUGAGCAGCCCGAGUGUUAUCACUGAAAUGGAAAGAGGCUGCCAGCUCUUUGCGGGCUUCUUGGUUGUCCCUCCCAGUCCCCACACCCCACUCAGGCCUUUCAUUAAGGGAGUCCAGUUCCUGUUGGAAUCCCGUGGUAGCAAAGUGGGAGCCUGAGACUUUAGGCAGUGACUUGUGGCAAGAGAACUGCCUUCACAGGAGCACAAGACUGCGAUCUUCACCAGGUUGUGCCAAAUCCCAUCAGUUUUAAGCAACUUCCCCACUGGUUUCACCAGAGCUUUGUGUGCGCGGUGCAGGGAGAAGUAAGCAAGGGCUGCUCGCCCCUUCACCCUGAGGAAUUUGGGAGGGGAAAUGGAGAGCAGCUUCUUGAGGGCAUUCCUUCAGCCAGGGCAGAUCCACCUCACUCCCUUCUUCCUGUUCUUUGCCUCAUCCUCUUAUGCUUCAUCCCAUCCCGCGCAGACCUGCGUGCAAAGCUCCUGCUCCCCACCGCUUGUAACACUGCAAUAGCAGAGCUGGUGCUCCCCUCGACACGCCUCGGUGUUGUGUAUCUCGGUGCGGGAGGGAGCAUGUUGCAUCCUAGACUGUGUACACGUGGAGUUUUAAAUUAUGUAUUAAAACUGUGCUCGUCUAAUAAAAAAAAAUGUAAUUCGGAAAA